AUGGCACCAAUGUAUAAGAUCAAUGGUAUUACAUCAAUGUUUGAGACCAAUGAGCGGAGAGAAUGUGCCUUCUUUGAGGACCUAGGGUCUUCUUAUAGAGGUCGUCACAGUGUCCACAACUUGGGCUACGAGUGUGAGUACUGGGCCGACAACGGCUGGCCCUCCACCGACACCGACUACAUCAUGGGGAACUUGGAGGAGAACUACUGCCGGAAGGCGGCCUGGAACUGGCGCUUCCUCGUCUGUAAACACAAGACUACCAUGGCGUUCUGUGUCUCCGUGCCCCUUUGUGAUGUUUCCGAAGAUUUACCCAAUGUGGCUUUCAAGAAGGCUGCAAGGUCUUCCAAUGCCAAACUGGGAAAUUCCACAGAAAAUGCGUUGGAUGGCAAGAUUAGAAUGGACUGUGAUUGGUACCUGAUACUAGUCAAAGCUUGUCUGGCAGACCCAGAAGGCCCUGCAUCUUUUGCCACAGAACCAGGUUUGGUGGAGCCGUGGUUUCAGGUCGACCUGCAGAGACACUUCCUGGUGCAGGCAGUCGUCAUAGUCAGAGCUGAAGAGGAGAAGCCCUAUAACGCCCGUCAUAUGAUGACCUUUGUCAGCGUCCGGCAGUGGGACUUCUUCACGUCCGGCGCCCCGGUCUGCGAGGGCCCUACAAACCUGGGCCGCAAUAACGUGUACCGAUUUGAGUGUGUCCGGCCACUCACUGGUCAGUACGUGACCAUACAAAACAACGUCGCCUCUCACCCCGGACGUGACUACCCACCAGGGUUCAUUUUUGAACUGUCUGAAGUCAAAAUAAGGGCUAAAGCUUUGACGUGUGGCUUGCCGAUGGGGAUGCUGUCGGGAGUGAUUCAAGAUGCGCAAAUUGCAUCUUCAUCAACAGCAUCUGACUCGCUGCCACCACGUAAUGCCCGACUUAACCUACCCGCAGGGUGGUGCGCCUCGGACGCUGACCCUAACCCAUAUAUACAGGUGGACCUGCUGACCAGCGUCACGGUGCAGGGCGUGGUCGUGCAGGGCUGGACAGAGGAAGGGGCUGACCACAAGAUGCCCGACUCCUUCACAGUGCUGCACGGCCUGACGCCAGACACGCUGACUCCGUAUCUGGACGGUCGGGGGCAGGUUAGGACUUUCUACGUUGAUUCGUCUUUAGCCCCAGACUUCCCACAGAGAUUCCUGUUUGUCGAAUCCAUCUUUUCACGCAUUAUCCGGAUGCAUCUUAACGGUCAAGCAUGCGUCAAGCUGGAGCUUAUUGGAUGUCCGAAACAAGAAGAUAUCCAGUCUAAGGAAGGAUGUUAUACUGAGGUGAGAGAUUCAGGGGAGAUAACUUCUCCGAGCUUCCCCUUCUACUACGGCGAGGGUACGCACUGUGUGUGGGACGUGGAGUUCCCCGCCCAGAGUCAAAUCAAACUGGAAAUACUUAAUCUGACACUUCCAGUGAAAGAAGGACGAUCCAUGCAGGUUGGAGCAUACGAGGCCAUGAACGCCGACUGUGAGGACGCUCUGGUUGUGGAGAACGUCCUGGAGACCAGGGAGGUUCUCUUCGUGGCCACUGGGAAAAACUAUUCCAGGCAUCAGAGGUCAGAGAUCAUAUCCUCAAGUAACAAGGUCAAGGUGACAUUGAUGUCGUGUAUGAGAAUGUCCCGUGUAUCGAGUCUGGCUGGGUUCAGGAUCAAAUUGUCUGUGUAUGAGUGUAAGCCUGGUUUUCGAGCCUUUAACGGCCAUUGCUACCUGUUCAAACAAGAACAAACUGGUUUGACCUGGUUCGAGGCCGAAGAUAGAUGUGUCGAACAUGGCAGCCAUCUUGUCAGCAUCAACAGCGCUAGCGAGAUGCAGUACAUCCACACGGUGAUAGUCAUAUCAGACACGGUCCGUCAGAAGGAGGCUUACGUAGGUUUGAGGAAGAGGAGUGCCAGAGAGUUUGAGUGGACAAGCGGUGAAGCUCUCACGUACACAGACUGGUACUUUGACCCCGAGUCCCAGGUGGCACAGCCGGACGGAGGAGACCGGGAGCUGUGUGUGAUGUUGAGGAUGACGGACGUGAGGAGGACGGCCAUCUGGCAUGACGUGGUGUGCGCUUUCGACAGGGUCCAGCAGUAUGUGUGUGAGAUGCCGCAGAUCCAGGUGGACCCAGUUCCAGAUGGAGACGUGCGUAACGUGAGCUUCAAUGCGACUGCGCAGAGAACUGGGUACUACUUCCGGUGUGACAACAGCGAGUACAUCUCCCGGACACUGUGGUGUGACGGACGCAUGGACUGUACAGAUGGCAGCGAUGAACGUAACUGCGACGUGUUCUGCCCAUCGCGUUUUAAAUGUGACAAUGGCCGCUGUUUGGCCUUCACCUUGCUGUGUGACUACAGGGACGACUGCGGCGACCAAUCAGAUGAGAGACAAUGUGGGUGUGUUGUGAUGAUGUUUUUUACAUGCUUGCGUCUUCUAGCGUCCUUGGCCUGCCGUGCUGACGAGUGGAUGUGUGCCAGUGGUCAGUGCAUCCCCCGGUCUGACCGCUGUGACCUCAACACCCAGUGUCAAGAUGGUUCAGACGAGGACAUGUGUGAUGUCUGCCCUGAGCCAGCGUUUCAGUGUUACGACGGUCUCUGCAUCCACGAGGCCAAUGUCUGUGACGGCCACAUAGACUGUGGCGGGGUGUACAACGAGGACGAGGGGACGUCGUGUAGGAUCCGGGCACAUCCGUCCUGUGGGGCGUGGCACGCCCUUGGGGCACGGGAUAACGGUGCCUACACCCUCACGGAUGGGGAUGGAGGCACAUUUCCCGUGGAGUGUAUAUUCGACCACAGCAGAGACAGGGUUGCCACUGUCAUCCAUCACGACCAAGAGGACGUGGUUGUCAUGGAUACAAUUUCAGUCGCACAGCAUCCCAUCAACUACAACAUCGCCAUGGACAGCGUCAUGUACGUGCUACAGGGGUCGCAGUCCUGUAGUCAACGGGUGGACGUAGACUGCCAGUAUGUUUACAGAGCCAUGUCCAACAGUAUCUCCUGGCUCGACGUCAAGGGAGGCCGCCAUCUUUUCCACAACUCUUCCAAACCCAACUGCAGCUGUGAACUUGAGUAUGCUUGUGACAUGGGACAAGAGAGGUGCUUUUGUGACGUCAUAGUGCAACAAGCGUGGAACAUGCUGCCCGACACGUCGCGACUUCACGACCACGGCGACAUCGUCGACAAACAGCUCCUACCCAUCAGCGGCAUCAACAUCAGCGUGGUGAACGAGUACGGCAGCAUCCGCUUCACAGUGGGCCCGCUUGUGUGUGUGGAGAAGAAGCACAACGCGACCACACAGAUGAUGUGUAAGUCUGGCAUCACCGCCGACGUCGCCACUCGGUGUGUCCUGGACUACAAUCAACACGGCGGAGUGGUUGGAUGUCGUGAUCUGACCCAUCUGCUCGGCUGUGGCGAAUUCGUGUGCCCAGUGAACUAUAUGAAGUGUCCAGACAGUUUCUGUCUGCCUCUGAGGCGAGUCUGUGACGGUCACCGUGACUGUCUAGAUGGACGUGACGAGCAGCAGUGUGACACCUGGGUCUGCCCUGACCUGUUCCGGUGCGGUGAUGGCGGGACGUGCCUGACCUGGGACCAGGUGUGUGACGGAAGAGAACACUGUCCCAGGGGGGACGACGAACGCGACUGUGACCCCACCUGUCCGGAGGGAUGUACAUGUCAGGAUAUGACCACUAGGUGUCAGCACCUCUCCCUUGAUGUCGCCAGUGCCAUUCCCCAUGACACCAAGAACCUUGAUCUCAGCCGCAUCAACAUUCCUGACUUUGAGAAUUACUCAUUUAAUGGCCUGGAUUCUCUUCUGUACUUGAACUUGUCCGACUGUGGUAUUCUAGACCUGACGAAUACCUCCUUCGUGGAUCUAAUCAGCCUUAUGUAUCUAGACCUCAGUAACAACCUGAUUACCUCCCUUGUGGAGAACGUGUUCUUUGGUGUCAGGAACCUGAAACACCUAAUUUUAUCUGGAAACAAAAUGUUGUCUUACAUCUCCCCGGGAACUUUCAAUGGUCUGUGGAACCUUCCUGUUUUAGACCUUUCUGGUCUGUCUGUCGCCAACCUACAAGAAAAUGUAUUUUCGGGAUUAACAAACUUAAAACGUUUGAAUUUGAGCAACACGGGUCUUGUUGCGGUCGAGACUGGAGCUUUCAGUGAGCUUGAUAAUCUUAUCAGUCUUGACCUGAGAAAGAAUACUAUCAAAAGUUUUGAUGGAGGGGUGUUUUCAGGUCUGACUGGACUACAAGAUCUUGUGACCGAUGCUUACGAGUUCUGUUGUAUUCGGCCAAUCAGUGUCACCCAAGCGAAGUGUCUACCCCCACCUGACGAGUUUUCAUCCUGUUCAGACUUGAUGAAGAACGUCACCCUUAGAAUUAGUCUGUGGGUGUUGGGAGCAGUUGCUCUGCUAGGCAACUCAAUAGUACUCUUCUACAGGCUCAUCUAUGACAGAGCCGGACUCAAGCGAAACAACGGAAUCUAUGUCGCUAACCUCGGCGUGUCCGACUUCCUAAUGGGCGUCUAUAUGUUCAUCAUUGCUGGAGCAGACACCCACUUCCGGGGAUGGUACAACUGGAACGACACCUGGUGGCGAGAAAGCGAACUGUGUCAGCUGGCUGGCUUCUUGUCUGCUCUGUCCAGUGAGGUUUCAACCAUCUUCCUUUGCAUCAUCACCAUUGACCGCCUUGUCGCCCUCAAGUCCCCUUUCUCCGCUUUUGCCCAGAAUUCCAAGCUAGCGUGUGUGGCCUGUGUGGUCACCUGGCUCUGUGGCUUGGCUCUUGCUGGAGUUCCACUGUUGCCUUUGGAAUACUUCAGGGGCAGGUUCUACUCCCGAUCUGGGGUGUGUCUUGCUUUGCCCCUCACCAGAGAUAAACCACCUGGGUGGGAAUAUGCAACGGCAGUGUUUGUUGUGUUCAACUUCCUGUGUUUUGUCGUCAUUGCUGUGGGGCAGGCUGGGAUCUACCGCGACAUCCGGGGCAGACCGGAAGUGACGGUGCAGAAGGGAGACGUGCAGUUGGCCCGGAAGCUGUCUCUCAUCGUCAUGUCGGACUUCCUCUGCUGGUUCCCUAUCUGUGUUAUGGGCCUGAUGGCGAUGCGAGGUCACGUGAUCCCCGGAGAGGUGUACACAUGGACGGCAGCCUUCAUCCUCCCCAUCAACUCCGCCCUCAACCCCCUCCUCUACACCCUGUCAUCGGCUACCUCCACAAACCUUAGGAGGAAGAUCGUGAGGGGAGUGUUGGGCAGUGGACGAUCCAACCCCUUGUCCUCAGCCAAUGACUCAACCCGCAUCUCUGAAAGUCGCAGUAUCUCCCGACGACGUCACCGUGGUCGGCAGCCAUCUGAUGCUGACGCCGUGAAGACGCCAGACGGCGCUGUGAGUUUGAGGACGGCCAUCUUGGCAGGACUUGACGUCACCGAGAUGUUGUAUAUCUGUCAGGGGGUGACGAGGUCACUGGAGGUGAUGCACAGUCACCAUCUUGCCUGUACCAGUCUAUCCGAGGAUAGUGUAGUCAUCUUCUAUAAACAAGGGAUGAUGACUCAGGUAGGCAUCAGUGAUGAGAUGACCCCCAUUAAGGACGGGAACAACCCCUCCCAUGACGUGCAGCAGCUGGGUCACAUGGUUCAACUGAUGCUGACAAUGGGGAAGAGGGACAUCCAAUAAACGCUGUACCUGCUUUUCCUACAUAACUAGCUCUGUAAUUGUGUCGUACUUUACUUUAUUUACAGCAAUGUGAUGUAUGUAUUUCUCAUAAAACAGAGAUUCUCGCUUGUCACGCCGAUAACCCAACAUGGGUAUAAUAUUCUUGCUGUCACCGCCGUAAUAUUGCUGUGAUGCUGCCAUCUUCCCGAGGCAAGUUCGUCUACUAGCCUAUAUCAAAGCCUAGUUUUAUACUCUUGCCACGUCAAGCUCAGCUCUCUUGGCUCGAUCCUGGCGCCACCUCGCGUAGAUCACGAGUUGUGCCCCUUGUAAUGAAAACGCGUUAUCCAAUCAGAUCGCUGUUCUUAUCUCGCAUGGCCUAACAAAGAUGGCGACUACCAUAGACGACGAUCAAGUCGAUCAGUAACGAAACAUUCGCGAUUUCAUUCCUGACAGACAAACACAGGCAACCGUUGAGGAGUUUAAAAGAUAAAAAAGACAUAUUUGUGUCAAAGACUGGCAGCGGCAAAACACUUUAAUACGAAUACGUACCAGUUGAAUUUGUGAGACGUUCUCUUAUUGGACUAUAGAUAUGUCCGAUAGUCCAAUCAUAUUUAGCCGAGGUAACUGGGCGUGAUGUGGCAAGGGUGGAAUCAAGACUUCAAUGAGAAGAAAAGGCUAAUUGGCGCUCUUGCCUCGGGAAGAUGGGAGUUUGCUGAAACCAUGUUUAAUCAUUUACUCCAGAGCAUAUCUCUAAAGUACGACCUUCCAUUUCAGUCUGGGGCGCAAUAAUUAAAAUAUCAUAUACAAAUAUGUCAAAUACUAGAUUUCGCACGUACUGUUGAACACCUUUGUGUCAAACUUGAAGGGAACCGAAAAGAGUUCUACCUAUUGAAGUGUUCGACACCCCCGAAAACACAUUGUCAACGUCAUUCACAACACCAGAAUAAUCUGACUUAUUAAAUCAGUUCGACACAACCGCCAAUUCGACACAAUUGUGGUCAUCUGCAUUUUAGUAAUUGAUAAUAUGAUACAUAACAGUAUAUAUAUGAUAUUAAUGAUACGGAAAUGAAAUUCAAUUUGAACAUCUGCAACUGAUUUUUGUGGUGACUGAAUAAGUGAGUGAGUUGAGUUCAGUGCACUUUCAAUUAUAGCCCACGUGUUAGCUUAACCUAGGAGUGAGUGAGUGAGUUGGGUUUAACGUCGCUUUUAACAGUAUUCCAGUUAUAUCACGGCGUGUCAGCUUAAUGUGGGAG